CGGCAACCAAUGUCAGUAAAAUCGACGUUUUUGAUCUUCUUCAUGUCAUCUCUCGCAAAAGUAUAUCUGUGUGCAUGGCCAGCCGACCAUUUGUUAAGUGCAAGCACUGAUAUUGCACAUGCUGCGUAUAAUUCAUUGUGGUAUGACGGAAAAGUUGAUUUUCAGAAGAACUUUAUAAACACUUUAUUGCGUGCCCAACAACCUAUAACUGUAAACGUACCCUGCAUGCUACCGACUGUUUCGUUAAAUUAUUAUGCCUCAUACGUCUCAACUGCGUUCUCUUAUCUGGCUACUUUUCGAAUUAUCCUUGAAGAAAACAAUGAGAAUUAAUUGAUUAGUGCGGAUAUAUUAUGGUGAGAAUACAUUAUUUGUCUUGUAUACGUAUUUUUGUGUAUAACAAUUGGGUGUUUAUAUUAUAUAAAAAACG